UUGAUAUGGCAAGACGUUUUGAUAAUAAAGUUGUGCUUGUUUCUGGCGCCGCAAAUGGAAUCGGUAAGGCCACAGCUACCCUGUUCGCCAAAGAAGGCGCAAGCGUAAUUAUCGUCGAUCGAAAUGAAACCGGGGCUAGAAUCACUUACGACGAGUGCAAUAAUUUCGGCGCAUUGCAAAAUUUGAUGUUGGUGGCGGAUUUAUCAAUUACUUCAGAUAUUCACAAAAUUGUAAAUGAAACUGUCGAAAAGUUCGGUAGAAUCGACGUGCUUGUGAAUUGCGCAGGAAUCGGAAGACAAAAUUCCAUUUCAAGUCCUCACCUUCUGGCUGAUUACGAACUCAUAUUCAAUGUAAAUGUUAAAGCCGCUCUGCUGCUCACUCAGCUAUGUGUGCCCUAUCUAAUUGAAACGAAGGGCGCUAUAGUCAAUGUGGCUAGCAUAUCCUCCUUCAAACCCUCCGACGUAAUGUUGAUCUAUACAAUGUCUAAGGCGGCGCUGACGAUGCUAACUAAGAAUUUGGCUUGUGACCUUGGCAAACGGGGUGUUCGAGUGAAUGAAGUAAAUCCUGCUCACACGGCUACUGGCCUAUAUAAGGAGUUUGGUUGGUCAGACACAGACGAACAGUACAUGCUUAAUGAAGGAAGGCGAUCGAAUCCGCUUAAUAAAAUUAACGAGCCGGAAGAUGUGGCGAAAGCAAUAUUGUUCUUAGCGUCGAACGACGCAUCAACCAUAAACGGAGUAUCGUUAUUGGUCGAUGGAGGAUUGAUGCUGGCCCCAAACAAUCACGCAGGGGAACAAUGAAGUGGUUGCAAUUGAUUCAAUACUGACGUUGAAAUAUAUUUUGAUCUUGACCUUGGAUCACACACUUUUAUGGGCAUUUAACAAGAAAAUUUGUUGUCGAAACUAGAGAUAAACGGUGCAGGUAUCGAUAUUUUGAUAAUAAUUAUGGCUUGACAAAGAUAACAGGUAGAUACGAAAACGAAAGUAAUUUGGGUUUAAUAAAAUUCAUGCUGUUAAAAAGA